UAAUCCAGUGUCGGAAAAACGAAAGAAAUUCAGAGGUCCGAAAUAGGCUACGUCUAUACGAAAGCCUUGUUCCUUCUUCUCCCAUUCUAUCCGUUUCUAUCCAAAUAUCCCACCCCGCCAUGGUGGUGGCAACAACCAAACACCACUUCCGUUUCCUCUGCACAAUGAUCACGCUGCAACCACAUUAGCGUACUAUGCUGUUCUUCUUCUUGUUGUUCCCUCCUCAGCUAUGGAAUUCGCCAGGACCAUGUUCUGUUCUUCUCCACCGUUCCCUCCAAGAACUCAUCACCCUUGGAGCACUCUCCCCUCGUCCUCUUCUACUUCUUCCGUUUUGAUGCUUCACGAACAAGCUUCCCCUACAGUUGCCUCUUGGUCUUCUAAUUUUUCAGCACAGAAUUUUCCUGCCUCAGUUCUUUUACCAGAGCAGCGUGAUGAAUAUAGGCCUCUUCUGCACAUGUCUAAGGAAGACAAGACAUCACAGGCAAUGUUAAGUACAAGGCAGAUGGAUACAGUCACGGUUCAUGAAGAGAAUAACACGGAAAAUGCUGAUCAGGUAGUGCUUGACUUUAGGAAGCACCUGCAUCACUGGCCUAAUUUACAGUACUUAUUAACUUCCUCACAAAUAGGGGAAGUUGCUGCUUCUUCAACUUUAGAGCAUGUUUCUGUUGACUUGGAGAGGCGUCCAAAUGGUGUGCAAUUUAAUGGAGUUUCUCUUGCUAAGAAAGCUUUGUCUACCUCGAAACAAGAAUCCUCAGUAGUUGAAGACUUGAAAUCAAUUAAAGCUGAUGAUGAUUCAAUUCCUUUUGGUCUGGCCUCUACUAGCUUGGCUGAUCCUUCAAUUGGAAGAAAUAAAACUGUGAGGUCAACACGGCUUCUAGAGAGACGAUCAAAACAAAGAAAAGUGCCUAAGUCGAAAGUUAUAGACGAUGAAACCUACCUUGCAAGAAAGGAUGAUGCACAAGAAAAGCUACGUGCAGAAAAGAAGAAAAAUGAAGAACUUGAUCAAGAUGAUCCCCUGCGCUUGUUCUUGUGGGGUCCCGAAACAAAACAACUUUUGACACUUGAACAAGAAUCUCAACUGAUAUCUCAGAUACAGGACUUAUUGAGAUUGGAAGAAGUGAAGACCAAUCUUCAAUCUCAAUUUGGAAGGGAACCAACUAUGGCUGAAUGGGCAGAGGGUGCAGGACUUAAUUGUCGAUUGCUGCAAUCACAGCUUCAUUCUGGCAACAGAAGCAGAGAAAAGCUUAUUCAAGCAAAUUUACGCAUGGUAGUCCAUGUUGCCAAAAGUUAUCAGGGGCGUGGUCUCAGCCUUCAGGACUUACUACAGGAGGGAAGUAUGGGUCUUAUGAAGAGUGUUGAAAAAUUCAAUCCCCUAGCCGGUAGUCGAUUUGGUAAUUAUGCAUUCUGGUGGAUAAGGCAAGCAAUAAGGAAGGCAGUGUUUCGACAUUCCAGGACAAUCCGUCUACCGGAGAAGGUAUUUAUCCUAUUGGGCAAGGUAAUGGAGGCUAAGAAAUUGUACAUUCAGGAAGGAAACCUUCACCCAACUAAAGAAGAAUUAGCAAGAAGGGUAGGAGUUACUGUAGAAAAGAUUGACAAAUUACUAUUUUCUGCAAGAAUUCCAAUUUCAAUGCAGCAAACUGUGUGGGCUGACCAAAAUACAACUUUCCAGGAGAUUACUGCAGACCCCACUGUUGAGGCCACAGAUGUGACUGUCGAAAAACAGCUUAUGAGAAGGCAUGUUCUCAAUGUCCUAAGUGUCUUACACCCAAAAGAGAGGAGAAUUAUCCGGUUAAGAUAUGGUUUUGAGGAUGGUGAACAGAAAUCUUUAUCAGAGAUUGGAGACAUAUUUGGUUUGUCUAAGGAAAGGGUUCGUCAAUUGGAGAUCCGAGCACUAUACAAGCUGAAGAAGUGCCUUGUCAAACAAGGACUUGAUGCUUAUGUAGACUUGCUUCUAUAGAUGAGUAGACACCAAGGUUAUGUACUUCAUUUCGCUGAGACAUUUUCUGGUUACAAUCUGAACAGCGGUACCAGGAUCGAACUUUUGAAGGCAAGUUUAACAAUAAAUACUGUUAUUGAGGACAAAUCAGAGAACCUGGCUGCCACAAGAAACUUGAAGUGUGUAUUAAGAGGUGAGGCUUAUACAAAUGCGAACACUUCUAGGUGAAAACAUUUAAAUAGUAUUUAUUCUAGAAAAGAAAGUUUUUUUACGUUAAAUAAAUGAUAUCUUGUAUAUGUCUUACGUGGAUUUGUAUUCUACUAUUCUUUUGAUUGAAUUUCUAAUUCCAUCGUCUCACUUUACAUUGAA